AUGAAGCGCACUGUGCUAUCAUUUACAUUGAGCGCUGUCUUCCUCCACUCUGAUAUCUUCCUCUGUCUAACCACUGCCGUCCGUCUUUGUUUACAAAACUUCCUGGGAAAGACUGACGGAGCGCAUUAUCGCAAUGCAAACAAAGCUACGGUUGAGCAUCACGACUUCCUUCUCGUUGGCCUCAGCGAUGCCUCAAGAGCCAGCCCCUCGCACCUGCCAUGGCUCUCUGGGAGAUGGAGGCUCCUGCUCUACAAUUUGAGGAAGGAGCGAGUGGGUGAACCACAAGAACCAACCUGCUGCUGUUGCCUGUUUCAUGCCAUGCCUGCAUCCUGUGUUUACAUCUAUCCGGGUCAUCCCCUCUUCUGCCCCCUCAACGGUGGUUCAUCUGCUGUUCUCGGGCUACAUUCGCCCUGCUUUUCCACGAAGGCUGCGCGCAAUUUGCUUUCAACAUGGCUCAUCCAAUACGAAACAGAACAACGGUCUGCAAGCUGCAAGCAACAAGGGGAGGGAGAGUGGUUGCGACAGAGACGAAUCGACGAAAGCAACCAAGUUCCCCAGAUAGAACGUGAGGAAUAUUUCACAAUUUCGGAGCUUCUAGCCUUUAUAGCAACGAUGAAUGCCGAUAAAGAGGCACGAAAGGACGCUACUACUGCGCAAAACUUGAACAAAAUUACACGAGAGUCCCAGCAUAUGCCUUGCGCACACCCUCAGAGUACCACUGCUCAAUCUCCUGUUACUCUAUCACAGCCUGAUACAACAGUGGCAAAUCGAGAUUCGAGAAAUUUUAACCCGCCAGUGCCUAAUGAGAUGCCUAGAAGUGCCUAUGAUCGUCGUCCGAGGCACAAGACUCGGCUCGACAAAUAUGAACUCAAGGGUAUAGGCCCCUCAACGAUGCCAUCAAAUUCAACGGGGGUGGCCGGCACGUCAUCGGCAUUGAAGGGAGGGAAAAAGAGAAACGGAAUUAACACCAAGAAUACUCCCAAGGAUACAAGCGCUCUGUUAACUUCACCAGACUCUGCAGGGGUAAUCAAGAAACCAGAAGUCCGUAGAAGGGGGAAGGGGAAGGACAAUAGCCUUGUGAAUAAUUUCAAGGCGCCAAAUGUUGGUCAAGACCGUCUUAGUCUACCGAUGAACCCAGGUGUGGGAUUCCUUAACAAAGCUCGAGUCGGACGGGGUAUACCUGACCUCAGCUUUUCAGGGAUGGGCUUUCUGUCAAGUAGCACUAAGCGCCCGAGUGAAUCAGAGCCAAACGAACAAACCCGUACAAAGAGGGCACGGGAAGGUAACGACUCUGGGGAGACCAUAUCUCAAUAUUUCUCACGUCACCCAGAGGCACAACCUUUGCCCAACCUCUCUACAGUUGAAGGUUGUUCCCAGAGAGCCUCACAGCCGCUCAGCAACUUUCCCUCAAAUCCUAAACUUAAUUCAAAUCACUCAGGAGGCACCGAUCAGGCGCCUCCAGAACAAAACAUACAUUCAUUCGUCUCCAACAUACCUGCAAGUUCUUUCCGUGAUGCUAGUGUGAAUCCGGCGGAAUCCACCUCGAAUCCUUUGAGGAGACAAAUCAAUCAACCAACAACUUGGCUAUCUCAAGCUGGAUUUCGUGCCCCUGGUAGCAGCCAUGAAUCAGGGCCUGCGUGGGACCCUACCAAUAUUGCAAUUCUCGACCACUAUGGACGGGUUCUACAACAUACGGCGAAGUUGUUAAGUCACAAAAACAGGUUGCAGAUUAACGCUGAAGUGGAAAAAGAGUACCCAAUGUCUAAGUUGAUCUCUCAAACUCCAAUCAAGAGGGGGGCGCGAGAAGAAGAAGCGGUCAUCAAAGAGCAAAAUCGCUUUUUAUCUCAGUUCUGCUCCGUUUUUGAGUCCGACUACACGGCCUCCAGCGACAUUGCCGAAGAGUGUGAUGAUUUAAAUGCUGCAAAUGGUGCCUCCUCUAAAGAUGAAAUUAACUUUCCAGCUCCAGCCUCCUUUUCCUGGGAGGGUACCCAUUUGCCUGCCGCACCUGGUGAUAUUCCACGAUCGCCAUCUCCUGGCGAGAGAAGUAGGAUUCCGAAAGAAAAGCAACCUUCCGUUUCAAGUUCGAAUUCCAAUCAUCAAGUUGCCACUGAUCCUGCGUCGAAUACCAACGCACAUCAGCUUAGUAUGCACGGCCGUCAUAGCCCCUCUGAGUCGUUUUCCUCAUCAGUCUCUCGUGCCAUCAACACUGGCCAGCAUUCAUCUAGAGCCGAGCCAAAUAGAAAUGCACACGAACUUGAACAAAAUAGAGCUUCGGGAGCCAUUCAGAUGUCAGUGCUGCCUUCUUCUAAGUCGAACCACCAACUAAUUAGACAAAAUCUGGAAAAUCCUAUCCAAUACCAGAGAGAACCAGAUAUGGGAAAUGAAAUUCCUGUGGCUCACCAGGCAACUGUCCGUGGGCAUAAUAAUGCGCGGGAUUUUAAUGAUUGCAAUUUUGAAGCCAAUAGAACGACUCACGUUGAACAAAACUCUGGGAAUCCCACAUGCCCUCAGUUGUGGAGUACGCGAGGACCCUCUCCGAUACACCAUUCGAAUGCACAAGGACAGACGGAUUGCAUUCCGCACGGCUCGAUGAGACUGGGCGAAGGGCAAACAGGUUCCGUUAUCAAUCGCGAACCUGGGCACAAUUCCAUAAGAGUGAUCAAUCCCAUCCAAAACAACAUCCAUCCUUCAUCACACUCAGCCCAGCUGCUCUAUUCUAAAGGGCAGGAUACAAGUAAAAGAGCAUUUACAGCGAAUGGAAGCAGCCCAUCACACAGUAUUACCAGGAACACUGAAUGGCCGCUCUACGCUCAUGCUAACGGUGAAAGUCAUCCAGAAACGCCGACGUCAAGCAUACGAAGUGGGCGCUCGAAUAACCAGAAUUUCGACGCAGAUUGGGUAUCUGAAAACCAUCCGGCAAGAUUUGUUGGACAGCAUCCUCCAUUAUACCAAUUUUGUAACAAUCAAAAUGGUCAUCAAAACUCCAACUCCCUCCAAUGUGAAGGCCGCCUGACGGCUACGGGGUAUAUACAAGCUACACCUAGAUCGGCCUUUACCAUCCUUUCAAAUGCUCCUUGGCGCCAUCACCACAUCACGACUUGGACAUCCUCUCACACAACUUAUCUCUCGCAAAUUGUUCCACACCUGCACUCCAAUUUUACUCAUCCGGGCUUAUUUCCACUGGUAAACGAAGUUAUGUCGCCUCCACCGAACUCUCUCACUCUCCCAUUCUCUCACCCAAACAGACUACAUUGA